UUUUAUUGACAGCAAAAACACUACUGCACUGAAACAAGAAAAUGUACAACAACAUACAAUAGUGUGACGUUCUGUAAAUUACAUAAUUCAUUUAAUUAUUUACUGUUCACAACACAAUGUCUGCAUUAUUUUGUGAAUUUUACAUACGAACCUAUAGCAUGCGAAAUUGUAGGGAGGUUUUAAUAAAGCCUCCGAGUUUUGCUAGUCAAACGGGGAGGUUCACGCUUGGUGAACUCAUUGUCUUUUUUAAGAGAAGAAACGUUUAAUAAGUGUAAAAACAAGAUGUGCUUAACAUUAACCCGUAACAGAAACAUUAACAUUGUACAUAAUCUAUGUGUUGAAAUGUAAAUAGUCCGCGUCAUAUUCAAAAUAAAGCAAUAGAAUUCAUCACAUUUAAUACAAAAUUGCUUUCAAAUCCUCGACAGUAAUUUAUUAUAGACGCAAAUGAAGUUGUACAAUGACAAGCAGCAGCAUUAGUUCAUAUGUCAUGAUUUGAAAAAUAAAGAACUUUUUUGUGCGUUAUAGGUGAUUCAGUAUUUAAGGAUACUUUAAAUAUUUGCAAAUAUUUUUUUUUCUAGAAAAUAUGAUAAAAAUAUAAUUCUAUAAUAAUAAUUAUAUAAUUAGAAUUCUAUAAUUUUCCCCGAAAUCAUAACGAAUCCAGAAACAUUUUAAACUGUUACGAACACGUAAAUAUAUAUUGUUUGUUUAAUUAUGUACAGCUAUUUGUUUUUAUUGCCUUUAGAAAACUAUAUGCAUCCCUUGGAUUUUCUAGAUAAUGUUAAUCAGAUUUACUUGUACUAAUAAUACUGGGAAACUGAACGGAAAACAAAACGAAAAUGACAAUUAAAGGACUUACUAUUUCUGCAUGUAUAAAAUUCGGAGUGAAGCAUUUACAGUACUGGUCGCGCAACCUCAUAAAAACCUAACAGCUUUUUGAUGCACCACGUCAACAACAAACAGCAGGGGCGUUUAUUGCAUUUUAUAGUUUGUAAAACCAUUUACAACCACAUUUGCCAUUACACCUGACGUGCAGCUCCAUGUCCACAUCCUCAUAUCUCUGUAAAUAUAUUAAUGGAAAUACAUUGAUCAAAAUAUCAAAUAUGGCCAUCUUGCUUAUUUUCGAUGCGCGUGCUUCACUCGCUGCAGAGGAUGCUUUUGCAAAAUUAAGCAAGGUUUAUAUGAUAUGUUUAAACUGAUACCAAUUAAAUCGUGUACCUUUUAAAAUUGUCCGUCUCGACCCUGACAUUUAAAAAAAAAAAAGACUCGACCUCGUUAGAGAUUUGGAAAUUAACGACUAAAUACGCAUCACUUUAGGUUGUCUGUGAUGAACAUGCAAAAAAUCAAUCUUUCAAAGGGGUUUGGAGUGGAGAAGUUGAGUGGGGGGAGGGGCAGAGGCUAUGCACUUGAUCUGAUGCAAAGAGGCAGAUUUCUCAUUAACUUACCCGCUUGAACAUAUUAAUGUGCAUAUUCUCCCCUCCUCUCUCUCCCUUGGCCCCCCUUCUCUCUCCUGCUACCUCGCGCUCUAUCCCUCUCAGCUCUCUCUCACUCGCUUUCUCUUUUUCUCUCUUUUUCAUUCUCCCGCUCCCUUCAUAUCAGAAUCGCACAGAGCGGUGUCCGUGUGGGGAUGCGAGAAGCCAUUGCAACGAGGAUCCGAUAGAAGAUGCAAAUGAUCCUGAAAACACACCGCAAAAUAUGAAACUACUCGUUUGCAGCCGAGUAAAUCAUAGAAAACUGGUUGGGAACUGGCACCGGAAUUCACAGGGAUUGUGAUGCUGGAACUCUACACUGGGAACAUGCCUAUGGAAGCUUUAGAUAAGUUGUUUUAACAAAGGUGUACAAACGCAAACCGUUCAGAUAUUGGAACUCCACGCUUCGCUGCUGCAUUGUUUGUUACCUCAGUAACUGUGAAACUGACAAGUCUCUGAAGCUACAGCGCUGAUAUAAAGACAUUCAAACGCAAACUCUUGUACAAAAUCAGCACCAACAACAACAUCAAAAGAUGAGCUCAUAUUUCGUCAACUCUCUCUUCACUAAAUACAAAAGUGGAGACACUCUGCGGCCGAACUAUUACGAGUGCGGAUUUGCUCAAGACCUAGGGACGAGACCCACCGUCGUGUACGGUCCAGGCACCGGGGCCACUUUCCAGCAUGCCCCUCAGAUUCAGGAGUUUUACCAUCACGGCGCAUCCACGCUCUCCGCAGCGCCUUACCAGCAGAGUCCCUGUGCGGUAACUUGUCACGGCGAGCCGGGAAACUUCUACAGUUAUGAUGCUCUCCAGAGGCAAACACUUUUCGGUGCUCAAGAUGCCGACUUGGUUCAGUAUAGCGACUGCAAACUCGCCACGGGGGGCAUCGGCGACGAGACGGACAACACAGAACAGAGUCCGUCGCCCACACAGCUGUUCCCGUGGAUGCGACCUCAAGUAGCUGCCGGACGGAGGCGAGGCCGCCAGACCUAUAGCCGCUAUCAGACGCUCGAACUCGAGAAAGAGUUUCUCUUCAAUCCCUACCUAACACGCAAGAGACGGAUUGAGGUAUCACACGCUUUGGGACUGACAGAACGACAAGUCAAAAUCUGGUUUCAAAACCGUCGCAUGAAAUGGAAAAAGGAAAACAACAAGGACAAGUUUCCAAGCAGCAAGUCUGAACAAGAGCAGAUCGAAAAAGAGAAACGGGAGAAAGAACAGGCAUCCGGGACACAGUCAGCCGGCGAAGACUGCGACAAGGCUAAACAAAUGUAGAGCGGAUGUGUGUGUAUGUGUGUGUGAGAGAGAGAGAGCGAGAGAGUGUGUGUUUGUGUGUGUACGUGUGCCAGUCAAUCGAAACGGCAAAGAAUAAAUAGGGAAAAUAAAACAGACAAUGUUGAAGAGAAUAACGGUGUUUGCAUGGGAAGUUUGUCAAACAGAGACAUUUUAAUCAAGCCGAGUUGUUACAUCUUUCACUCGAGGAAGGAACAGAAAAAAUGACUGGGACUAGACAAAUUACUAUAAACUUAAUAUGGUGACCACAGAACUCCAGGAAGACGAAGGACAAGAAGCAUUUCUACUUUUUACCUGUUGUUCAGAGAGUAUGAUAGUGUUAAAGCUAGUCUCCUUUCUUUGUGAAAUAAUUAUCGUGAAACUUAUGUUUCUAUUGUUAGGAUAUUGUCAUUAACAAUUACCUUGGCAGCUGUAUAGUUUUAAGUUAAAUGGUGCACUUUUAACUGUUCUCACUUAUAUGUUAUGAUGAUGACGACGUAGAAAUUAAUGACUUCCAACAACAUGAAACUGCCUAUUUAUGCCGUAGAAUCUCUUUUUACACUUCUUUGGUUCUUCUUAAAUCGAUGGUAUUUUUGUUGUCUUCCUUUCUUGGGGUAAGCAUGCGCACAGUGGAUUAUAAAAAAAAUGAAUAAACAUAAUAAAAAAUCAUUUUAAAAAUUAUGUCAUGUGACCCAUUGUUUACUAUGAAUCAAAUUGUUGUCGUUCACAUUUGCUGGUGAAGUAGUUUAUGAGAUGACUAUAUGUUUUGUUGUCAUUCUUAACUGUAUUCUAAUGUCUGGAGGCACCGGAAGAAAGUGGACACAAUAAAGUUUACAAGCGAGAAUCCGUGA